CCCAUUUUCGUCAUUUCAUCUCCUCCAAAAACAAAUCCCUGUAUAAGCAAGCCAUCCCUAUUUCUCGAAUCUCUGAAAUUUCAAAUCUGAAUUUGUUUUUAUUUUCAAAACUCCAUCAAUGGCGUCUCAGCAGACGAUCUCAGAUCACAGAGAAGGUGCGGAGGUCUACAAUGGCGGAUCCACCUGCAAGCAGAAAGCUCAAGAGCUCUUGUCCUCCAUGAACUUGCCCAAGGGGCUUCUUCCACUGGACGACAUGACCGAGCUCGGACACAACAAAUCCACCGGUUUCGUCUGGAUCAAGACGAAGAACAAGGUUCAGCACCGGUUCCGAGCGAUCGGACGGAUGGUAUCGUACGAUUCGGAGGUGACGGCGUUCAUCGAGAACCGUCGGAUGCGUAAGGUCAGUGGGGUAAAGAGCAAGGAGCUUCUGAUUUGGAUCACCAUCUCCGAGAUCUUCGUCAACGAUCAGGAUCCGUCGAAGAUCACUUUCGCUACUCCGGCGGGGCUCUCCCGUACUUUCCCCUUCACGGCUUUUGAGGAAGAUUGCUGAACAAAAAAAUUGCCCUAAUGGUUCCGAGUUGACUUUUUCGUUGCCUUAGCUCAAUUAUCUCUGUGUUUCCUCUGUUCGUUUCCUUUUACAUAUUCUGUUUGGUUCCUAGGCUACAGAUUCAGUAUCUGAAAAAGUCAAAAACAUCAUAAAUAAUUUAAAAUUACAUUUUUUUUUUUCA